CCCAGGCCCACUUACCUGCCGAGUAAAAUUCACGAAAAUUUGCCCCGGGUAACCGUCUUUAAAUUCAUCCGGCAACGACGGGGUUCAGGUCUAUGGUUGCGUCACCGAAAUAAGGCUGUUCUCGCCAAAUCAAGGAACUUCCAAAAUGGUCGCACCAGUCGCGUCAAUCGAGUAAACUUUCAUGUGCGUACAUGCACGGAACGUGCGCGUGUCGAUCGUGUGCAUUUUAGCGUAAUGUCGCAAUUCAAGUUAGGCUAUUGGUGAUUUAGCAUUAAUUGACGAAAUCUGUAUUAAACACCUGCGAGACUCGGGAAUAGUUUGUAAGUUAGUGAAAGUUUAGGUGUCUAUUUUCAAUAAAGAGUACCAAAAAAUUUCAUCAUGGCGAUGCGCAACUUGUUUUAUAUACCCCUGUUGAUUUUGUUCUGAUCAUCUUGUCGGUCGUUUAAUUUUAUUGAUAAACGCAAUGGAGCAACAAGCUAGCGAAAUUCUCGUCACAGACGCAAUAUCUGCCCCUAUGGUCCUUAUCAAAGGGGAACCAGUAGAACAAAACGCGAACGGUCAAGAGCUUCAACCUGUCGUGGCCCAGCCGACUUAUAAUGAGGAAUAUGUCGAGCCAAGGAUUGAAUGUACUACUGAAACUCAUGAGAGUGAAUUCCGAACGUUGUUAUCAAAGUGUAUAUUUUGCGCAAAGACAUUCACUCCAGCUGACAAUUCGAAACUAUUAGAAUGUCUCCACGCUGCAUGUGCAGCCUGCGUUACCAGCAAACCCAAUGAGCACAGUUUGGCUGACGUAGAAGUCGUCCUUGAAAGCAACGUUAUCGUUUGCCAAAUCUGCAAUGUCGCCUGUAGAAUGGAAAACCUGAUAGAAAAUAGAUUUUUCUUAAAAUUAAUGGAUGAAGAAAAUGGCUGCUUGGUUGAAGAUCUGCCUGAAAAUGUUAAGGAAAGUGGUGAAGAAGAGAAAAAGUGUACGAGUUGUCGUGAUAAUGCAACAGCCACUAGUUGGUGUGUAGACUGCGAAGAGUUUAUCUGUGAAAAUUGUGUUUUGGCUCAUCAAAGAUUGAAGAUAACAAAGGAUCAUACAAUAAAACCGAAAGGGGAACUUACAAAUGAUGAAGAAUGUACAAAGAAAGGAGGCAAAAAAAUACCUGGAUAUUUAUUUUGCACAGUCCACUCACACGAACAGUUGUCUCUAUUUUGUCAGACUUGCGAUAGGCUUACAUGCAGAGAUUGCCAACUUAGCGACCAUCGUGAUCACAAAUAUAAAUUCAUACAUGAAAUAGCAGCUGAAACUCGCACGACUGUAUCGACAUUGCUGAAAGAAGUUAGUUACAAAAGAGUUCUGCUGAAAAGUGCUAUGAAAGUAAUUGAAGAUCGGCAAACUCUGAUAAUUGAGAAAAAAAAAAACUUGGUACAAGAUAUUACCCACAUGGUUGUACAACUGACAAAUGCAAUUAACACAAGAGGCAAACAAUUGGUGAUGCGUCUGAACGAGGUGUGCGAUCAGAAACAAAACACUUUGAAUGAAAAGAAAGUUGCCCUGGAUCAGCUCUCCAAACUAACGGAUCAUUGCAUUCAAUUUGUUAAUCAUGCUCUUGACAAGGGGUCAGACAUGGCACUACUCUACAGUAAAAGGUCCGUAAUAAACCAUUUACAAAGAAUAAAGAGCCGGCGAGCCGAUAUUCCGAAUCCCGAGAUACCAGUGAGAAUUCAUUUGUCUUUGGAUAAAGUUCCAGAUUUAAUUAAAGUAGUUUCGUCAAUCGGGGCUAUAGUUGUCGAUGGCAGAGUGUACCCAUCGAUUUCGCCCACUACCGGGCCAAGCCUUUUAUCCAAUCAAUUUAGUGAGCCGAAUGCAGAGCAAAAAUCUCAACAAUCUAACAACUCAGGACCUUUGGAGCUAUCUGCUGUUCCUGUGCAUAUACCUUCCCCGACCCAACACACCAAUAUUCUUCAAAAUCCCUUCCAGCAAAUGCCUCAUCCUUUAACACAGCAGCAACCACUGCAAAAUUACUCACAGCAUUAUCCCCCACACAAUCUGCCCCCGCGAUCAUCACCGCAAACACAAUUGCCACUGCCUCGGCAACCUUAUGGAUUAAGUCCCAAUAUACGGUUGCAGCAACCGCUGCUCAUAUCGCAACGUCCAGGUAGCUGUCAUCAGCAAGUAACUUCAUCGACGCAUCCACAUCAACAGAUGCAUUUGGAUCAGCUGGGUCAAAAUCCCAGCCUUCGAGGACUUCUUGCCCACAAUCCUCCGCCCUAUAGAGCUUCCAGUAACGUAAAUUAUCGUUUGCCCCCAAGUUACCGCUAUCCUUCAAACAAUCCUCACCGUCCACUCCCACCUCACACAAUGUAUGCACAAACAAACACAGCUUUGGGAUCUGGCGUUCGAAUGCAACAAUGUAGCCCAACUUCUCCUUCAGCACAACAUUUUAACUACCCUGUUCAUCAGCAACCUGCUGCUCGUUGGCACAUACCUCAAAAUUUGAAUCCCCGUCAUCAAUCUUAUCCUACCAGACAUUCCACACCACCUGUAUCAGUCGCUGCAAAUGAUACAUAUAAAAUAACUCUGAAAAAUCAAUCUGCCAAUAAUCAAAAAUUUAAUCUCAACACAAAUACGAGUUCAGAGACUUUACCGCAGUCACAAAAUUCCUCUGUUGGUCAAGCGGUAAGCUCCUCUGUUCCAAAAACUCCCAGCCCUGUACCUGCGCAUGCAAAAACUGACGAAACCGAAAAAAGUUUGGACAAGUUUUGUCAAGAAUCUGUCAAUGAUUUAAUGCUUACCAUUGCUAAACUUGACAGUAACGGAAUAGUCGUAAUCCCAGAGGCUCAAAGAGGGCAGUUAGAUUCCACUCAAGUUGACAGUUCUACUGACGAAGGCAUACAUUCUCUUGCCGAUAAUGCUUCAGAUAAUUCCAAAAAUUCUACGGCUUGCAUGACUAAAGACGAUCCCAAUGAAGAUUGGUGCGCUGUCUGUAUGGAUGGAGGAGACGCUGUUUUGUGCUGUGACAAAUGUCCCAAGGUUUUUCAUCUUUAUUGUCAUAUACCGAGCCUAAAAAUGUUCCCUGAUGAAAGUGAAACGUGGCAAUGUAUGCUGUGCACUAAUGUGCUAGAUUGUUCGGAAGAUCCGCCAGGAGAGAAAAGACCGUCUAGUAUGAGUGCUCGUGAUUUGAGGGUAGCGCAACGCAUUGUAUUGGAGCUUUAUUGCCAAUAUGAGCAUAGUUUACCCUUCAGAGAAGUUGUUUCAUCAGAGAUUGUGGAGUACCAUCGUAUAAUUAAGAAACCGAUGGCUCUGGAUGUUAUUCGGAACAAACUAAAACCUGAUCAUCCAAAUCAUUAUACCAACCUACGCCAAGUUAUGUCAGACAUCAGAUUAAUGUUCAAGAAUGCGUUUACUUACAAUCCGGUGGAAUCGCAAGUUUAUCAGGAAGCUCGAAAUUUGGAGGAAUUCUUUGAGAAAUUAUUGCUGAAGUGGGCACCAAUAUAUGCUUAUGACGAUCCAUUCCUAACAGCUGAAGGUGAAGAAGAGGAGGAAGUAUUUCCUCCAAAUAGAAAAUACCGUCGUAUAAUAAGUGAUUGAAUGAAAGGUAUUUAUUACAAUUUUUAUUUACAAAAGCCUGGUUAUAAAAGUAUUUUCAAUGUGAACAUCAAUGCAUCCACAAAUUGGAAGAAGUUAAAAGCAUUAUAACCAUCUAUCAAUUUUAUGUACUGAAUUUUAACUUUGUACAUUAAAAAAUUUGAGGGGUAAGCACAAGGGUGAGAUAUUUAAUAGCACAAUCAUUUGAUUUACUCAUUAGACAUUAUUGUGAGGCAACUCUCUAUUGACAGAAUCGUAUUCAAAGCAUACUUUCCUAUUAUUUACGUUAUUUUCAAUACACAUUCAUUGGUGUAACCAAAAGCGGAGUUGAGUCAAAAACUAUUUGAAUUCAGUUAUUUAUGUCAUUUUUACGUUUAUCUUUUCAGUGCACAUCUAGUGUACAAUAUAUUAUGCAUGUAUAUUUUUAUGCAUAACUAGGUCAGUACUCCCAAACUUGUAAAAUAUAUACCGAUAGCCAUUCGAUUUACCUGUCAAAGUUACAAAUUAAUUACCCUUGAGAACAUGUAUUUACAAAUGACAAAUACGUGAAUUGUUUACAAUAUUUAUGUUUUUACGUUACUAUUUUUACCCUUUCACACAAUAUAUCCAUGUUGAAAAAAAUUAUCGUUGCACAAGUGGAAAAGAUUUAAUGUAUUUUUGUGACGUAGUAAUUAUAAUGAUAUAUUUUGUUUUAUCGGAAUUGUAGGGUAAUUCGUUUAAUAUAUGUGAAAUGUUGAUGCACAGUUUAUUGUUUAUAUGUAAACUGUACAAAGAUAUCAAACAAAUCUUAUAUACCUAAUAUAGAAUAAUCAUAAUUAAUGAAAAAUUUUUAAAAGUGCCGGAAGUUAUGAAAAAGCGUAAAUCGCACUCAUAUCCAAUCGCAGUUUUUAAUACUAUUUGUAAAUAAAUAAUUAUAGGAUCAAAUAUUGUACUUCAUACAAUUUUUAUCAGCUAAUGAAUUGCAUUGAAACGUAAUUCAAGCUUAUGUAACUGUUUAGAAUUUACGUUUCAUAUUACAUUGUAAGAUAUGUAUCGAAAAUUGCAGCAAAAUGUUGAGAGCAAUAGUACCUAUUGCUACUAACUAUCUAUUAAAAUGUACAUACAAACGCUUUUGCUGUACACAAGACCGUUUGUUAAACAUGGAUUUGCAAAAGAAUAUAUGUACGUUACAUUUUUUGUUCAGAUAUCAAAUCCGAAAAUAUACCAGGUGGUUAUUCUA